AGUUUCUAGUCUGCAUUCCUUGACAGUCGGCACAGUAUAUAAUGGAAAUAACUCUGUUGAAUGUCAGUUAAUGAAAAGUAGUGUCAGCAAGAUGAAUACCCAGGUAACAUUCUGUUUAUUCGUUCUCAUUUUUGGGGUAUCAUGCGAGUCUACGUCGUACGAACAAUCUAGUUCGAUACCCUUGACGUUUGUUUAUGCUGUGUAUCCAUUUUAUAAUUCUGAAACGCUCCUUCAAGUUUGGAAAAAUGAUGAAUCCGCUGAAGUUUACGCGAAUGUAGUCACAGUGAAUCCUGGUGAACAGGAAUAUACUAUUUUGAAUGCCGGUAGUACGAUCUCGCGCAACGAAACUACAGAUCCUAACGUGAACAGAAAUUCCCAAGUUUUAAAAAACGAUGCUGAAAAUGUGAACGCCGAUCGUUUGUCACAAACUAGACAGCAACUUCGUAAUUACAAAACCUGGCGCAGGAGUACAAAUUUUCAAAAUGAAUAACAGAUCUAUAAGAUACUCGAUGGAGGAUGGAUUGAGAUUUAUGAAAUAAUUAUGCUGGUAUAUGUAUUUUGAAUAUGCAUUAAGUGCUUUGUAGUGAAAGUUAUUAAACGCAAAUGAUAUCAAAGAUAAAA